UUCCGGGGUGACACAUUGUCACUUUGGACCAAAGGUACCUACUUUGCUGUCACUCUCAAGUUUCACCUGUUCGGAAGAAAAAGAGCUUGAAUUAAGUGUAAGAAAAUUAAAUAAGUCGUCGUUAAAUCUUUUCCAUGUGUAAAGAUUAGUCGAACGUGAGCACAAUUCCCGGGCCGUCGUGUUAAUAAGUACAGAGAGAUUAACGCGAACGAGCGUGCCAACUAAGUGGAACAAGUUGUACUAUUAUUCCGCCAUGGACGUGCUGAUAAACGUUAUCAACCAAAGUCAAGGAAGGGACCGCAUUUUCAGAGCAACCCAAUACGCCUGUGCUUUGUGUGCUCAUGUUCUCCGAAACAACUGUGAGCAAAAAGACCUUGUGGACAAACUCAAGAGUCUGGAAGCCAACUUGAGUGCUGGACGAAAGUUGUUGAGGCUGGGGAACGCAGUAAGUGCCAUUGAGGCUGCCAAGCGGGCUGUGCGACUCUCAGACCGAGUGCUUUGCCUCUGCCUUACCACGGCCAACAUCAACCGUGCGCUCUACUUUAUCUUCGACAACGCACUCUGGGCGAGGAACGCGGGCCUCGUCCGCGGUAUCGACAAGGAACGCUGGAGCGCUAACGCCUCCCGUUGCUACCUGCUCUCGCUCAUUACGAGCCUGACCAGAGAUGUUUACGUCAUCUCCCAGUUGAUGGUGCACAGGGCGAGAGAUCAGCACUUCAGGCAGAAGAUGGAUGCGCAUCUCAACCAGAGUCCUGAAGUAGUUGACGUCAUAAUCCCUCAAUUGGAUGCUUUUCUCUUUCUGCUGCUGCACAGUUUAAAGUCGCAGCCGUCUGUCUUCUUGGACACCAUCAAAAACGUUUGUGAUCUGUCCCUGCCCCUGGACAAAUUGGGCAUCUACAAGUCAAACAAUGGGGUGGUCGCCUUUUGUGGCCUGGUAUCUUCAUUGAUCGGGAUUGUGACGCUCAUACAUCCCAAGCUGAGAAUUCAACCGUGAAGACACAUUCCUCCAUGGCUUAAACUACUGCAGAGUUGAAUAAUUACUCUCUGUAGUAGUCUUGCACCUUGUACACAUAGAGAUCAGACAAUUUGUACACUUUAAAUGGGAUUAUUUUCCACAGCAUGGUACCUACUCGGCUCUAUAACGUGUUCCUGUUAGCCAAAGCAGGUAAUAUCAGGUACUGUUUCUAGUACCUACACUGUUUGGGUUCCAAAUGGGUGACUGGUAAAAACCACUGCUUGUUGCUCAUUAGUUGAGCAAAUUUUCAGCACGGGUGUCCUAACUGCAGCCUGGGGGUUUAUUUACACACACAAUGUAAAGCAACAUCUGCAUUUGAAAAUAAGGGAAUUUUUCAGGAAAAAAGGGAAAUUACUCUCACUGCGAGCCCACUCAAAUCAGGUGUCCUAAGUGCGACCCACAGCUCAUUCUUAAAAAUACUCUCCUUAAUAAAAAACACUAACGAGUGUAAUGUAACGAGAACAAUUUGAAAUGUUGAUGCUACAUAUAUAAGGCCCCAUUCGUCAUUGUUUACCUGUCACAUGAAACGUGACAAAUUUGGAAGGUACGCUAUCCACUUUAGCCACCAGACGGCAGUAGAGUUUUGAAUAUCUUAAAAUGUGUUUUGUGGAAAUUCCAACUUUGGCCACAGCGUGUUUCCACCGUUUUCAGCAGAUUGCAUUGCAAAAUGAUUAACCCCCACACCUCCUUCCUCUCGUGCGAGAUCCACCCAGGAAUGGGGCCAUAUGAAUCCCUUCCCUACUGUUCUAUAAUAACACAUAGCAAACAUGCAGGCUGUGUUUUUUUGGUUUAAAAAAAUAAAAAGAUUGCAUUUAUUAUUAAAAUAAAAAAUAUAAAUGUUCGGCCCUCCGUGGAAAAAGUUUGGACGCCCUGCAAUAAUGGUUAUCCUGCCUUGGGUGUGGAAAGAUCUAACUACCCACUAUGUUGUUACCUGUAGUACUUAAGUUUGAGUUUAUUUCGAACAUGCAUGCAUACAACAUGAUACAUCACAAUUUCCGGUUUUCCAGAGUGUAUGUUGUUGUUUGAUGAAAGUUAAAGUACGGGAAAUUUACAGGAAGCUAUUUAAAUGGGAGGGCGGAGACAGGAAAUCAACUCACGAUUCAAUUUCCAGUUCUUGGGGUGACAAUUCAGUUCAGAAUGGAUUCUCGACUCAAACUGAUUUCCGCAAAAUAUUAUUUGGUAUAAAAAAAAAAUGAUGAAACCAUUUCAAAACAGGUUACAACAUUUGACGUAUAUGUGCAGUGAGUAAGCACGGAGAUGGCCUGAAAAAUGUCAUUCUGAAAAUUGAUUCUAUAAAAAAUUAAAUGUACCGUAUUUUUCGGAGUAUAAGUCGCACCUGCCAAAAAUGCAUAAUAAAGAAGGGAAAAAACAUAUAAGUCGCACUGGAGCCCGGCCAAACUAUGAAAAAAAACUGCGACUUAUAGUCCGAAAAAUACGGUAUAUCCAUCCAUCCAUUUUCUACCGCUUAUUCCCUUUGGGGUCGCGGGGGGCGCUGGAGCCUAUCUCAGCUACAAUCGGGCGGAAGGCGGGGUACACCCUGGACAAGUCGCCACCUCAUCGCAAAAUACGGUAUACUUUUUUAAUAUAUUUUUGAACAUUUUAAAUUAGAAUAAAUAAGAAUCAUGUUUCUAAUGUGAAUCUGUGAGUUCUCCAAGUAAUUUAUUGGGCAAAAACCGGAUGGCGGACAAGUACGUGUUUACGCCUCAGACCUUUUUUUUCGUAUUGGCCUGCAAAAAAAUUACUAUUACAAAAUAACUAAGCUUAACAAUUGCAUUAAUUGGAAAAAUAAAAGAGCCAAUCGGCAUAACGAUAUGGAAUAAAAGUUAAAACCUUUUACACAAAUAUAUAUAUACAGGUAAA